CGCGAGGAUAACGGGCGGGCGCGCACUCCCAGCUCGCCCGUGUCCCGCGGCGCAUGAUAGUGCCGCCGGCGCAGGUUAAGUCUUAUCCGCCCCGGCGAUAUCCUCAUAAGCUUUAACGAGGCCUCGCGCAGAGCCACUGGUAGUGCACUUCCCUCAUCUCUCUCUCUCUCUGGAACCAUGGAGUCGCGAGUGCUGUCACGCGCCGCCGCCUUCUCCGCCGCCGUCCCCCAGCUCCGGAAGCUCCCGCGGGAGGGCUCCCGGGGCGGGGGCGGCGGCGGCCUCCUCUGCUUCGCCGCGCCGAGGCAGGUCGGAGCCGUCGGCGAGGGCGGGAACCUGAUCUGGGGGAGGCAGCUCCGGCCGGCGCCGCUGCUGCUGCUGGAGAGCUCGCGUGGGGCGGGGAGGAAGGAGAUCCUCCGGCCGGGCCCCGCCGCCGCUUCGUCGCCGGCCGAGGGGGGCGAUUCCGCCGGCGAAGCGAAGAUCGGGCCGGUCGGUUUCUUCGAGAAGUACCCGGCGCUCGUCACCGGAUUCUUCUUCUUCAUGUGGUACUUCUUGAACGUCAUAUUCAACAUCCUCAACAAGAAGAUAUACAACUACUUCCCCUAUCCUUACUUUGUGUCGGUUGUGCAUUUGUUCGUUGGGGUGGUGUACUGUUUGGUGAGCUGGGCCGUGGGCCUCCCGAAGCGAGCUCCAAUUGAUUCAAACCUCCUGAAGGUGCUUAUUCCUGUUGCUGUUUGUCAUGCACUUGGUCACGUUACCAGCAAUGUUUCCUUUGCAGCUGUUGCUGUUUCCUUCACGCAUACCAUUAAAGCUCUUGAGCCGUUCUUCAAUGCUGCUGCUUCUCAAUUUGUACUUGGACAAUCAAUCCCCAUUACCUUGUGGCUGUCUCUGGCUCCUGUCGUCCUUGGUGUCUCCAUGGCAUCAUUGACUGAACUCUCUUUCAAUUGGACUGGAUUUAUUAGUGCUAUGAUUUCCAACGUUUCAUUCACUUACAGAAGUAUAUACUCCAAGAAAGCCAUGACUGAUAUGGAUAGUACAAAUGUCUAUGCCUACAUUUCCAUCAUCGCCCUCUUUGUCUGCAUUCCACCGGCCCUUAUUAUCGAAGGACCUCAACUGAUGAAGCAUGGCUUCAAUGAUGCAAUUGCAAAAGUGGGUAUGACCAAGUUUGUUUCUGAUCUCUUUUGGGUGGGAAUGUUUUACCACCUCUAUAAUCAGUUGGCCACCAAUACCUUGGAAAGAGUCGCACCUCUAACACAUGCAGUUGGAAAUGUCCUCAAACGUGUCUUUGUGAUCGGCUUCUCAAUCUUAGCUUUCGGUAACAAGAUCUCAACUCAAACUGGUAUUGGCACUGUUAUUGCAAUUGCUGGAGUUGCAAUUUACUCGUUCAUUAAGGCAAAGAUGGAAGAAGAGAAACGGCAACUGAAAUCGACUUGAGAAGAAGCGAGACGAGGAAGCGGACCGCCAAACCUUGUAGGCCUGUGUACUUUCCCUCGAAGAUGAAAACGAAAAAUCCUAAUAUGAUAAUUAAGUUUUUUUUUCCUAAUAAUUUUCUUUAAUUCGGAAGCAUUGAAGGAGUGCCGUUGUACAAUCAUCCCUUGUUACCAAGAAUAAUGUAUCAUCUGCUCUCUCUUGUUGA